AUGUUUCGACAGCAGAAUUUUCUCAAGGAACAGCUAGAACUUUUUUCAGAACUCAAAUCUCAUAUCUUGCCUAGUAAAUUCUUCUUCUUAGGAGGAGAUAGCAACUCCUCGAUUUUGCACGAAGGAAUAAAAGAAAUUUUUCAUGUACUUGGUCUUCCGAAUGUUGAUUUAGUCGCCUUGGGUACUUGUGAUGGGUUGGCAUUCAUCAUUCUUGAAUUAAGAUAUCAAUAUCUGACUAUGAACAGUGCAACGAUAAUUUUUUACGGGGCUAUGCUUCAGGCGCUAAGGCCUACUAAUUCCUUUACAAAAAGCCAUUACUGCAUUGGCAUUCGUAGGGAGGAACCACACCGGAAGCUUAUUCACGUCUCUCCGCUUGACGAAGAUGAUAUCCCGGCUAAGCGUAUGAUGCUGGGGAAAGCAAAUAUGAUCAAGCAAAAAUCAUUCAGUGGUUCGGCUUUCAUCUUCAUGGAAGAGAUUCUCGAUGAGAUUGGAUCAAUGGAAGACCCGUGGUACAAAGUACCUGUUAGCGUGUAUAUUUGUUCACGAGCAGGAGACGUCCAACCUAACAGCGCGACAGAUGUGGAGAACGACGCUGGAAAGCAAGGAUGGUCUUUUGAGAGUCAAAUUCCUGCAGGUGCGAAAGUUUAUAAUUUCGAAUGGGAUCUCGGUCUUGCUAAAGAAGAUUCGCUUUUCGACAUCAAACAAAUACCUCCGCUCAAGACAUAUUACACCAUCAAUUGGGCAAUCCUUGCCGAAACAACCAGUAUUGGUAUGAAUAUUUGGUUUAUGUUCCAUCCAGACGGUCGAACGAUGAGUAAGACCGACGAAAUUGAAUCCCUCCGUCGGGAAGAAGUUCAGAAAGUUGUAUUUGCGGAUCUUGUCGAGGUGAUCCAAAAGGAAUACGGUGAUGACUCCAAGGGCAAAGAUCAAAGGAAAGAUAAAGCGCGCUAA